AUCCUCUCUUCCCUUCUUCUUUUCUUUCUCUGUGAUUUUCCUUAAACACUACAAAAGUUCUUUUCUCUAUUAAUCCUCCUAAUCAAACUUCAAUCUUCCCCACCAUCCCACUUCCCCCCCUCUCAUAUUUCACCAUGGCUGCUCGUCCCCAGAACAUCGGUAUCAAGGCCAUUGAGGUCUACUUCCCUAGUCAGUGCGUUGACCAGGCCGAGCUCGAGAAGUUCGAUGGCGUCAGCGAAGGCAAAUACACAAUUGGUCUGGGCCAGACCAAGAUGAGCUUCUGCGAUGACCGUGAAGAUAUCUACUCCAUCUGCUUGACCACCUUCUCCUCGCUCCUCCGCAAAUACAAUGUCGACCCCAACUCCAUUGGCCGCCUCGAGGUUGGCACUGAGACCCUUCUGGACAAGUCCAAGUCCGUCAAGUCGGUCCUGAUGCAGCUCCUGGCUCCCCACGGUAACACCAACGUUGAAGGUGUCGACAACGUCAACGCCUGCUAUGGUGGCACCAACGCGGUGUUGAACAGUCUCAACUGGAUUGAGUCCUCUGCCUGGGAUGGCAGAGAUGCCGUGGUUGUCUGUGGUGAUAUCGCUCUCUACGCCGAGGGUGCUGCCCGCCCCACUGGCGGUGCUGGCUGUGUUGCUAUGUUGAUCGGUCCCGACGCCCCCAUUGUGCUCGACACCGCUCUGCGUGCCUCCUAUGUCACUCACGCCUACGAUUUCUACAAGCCCGACUUGACCAGCGAGUACCCUGUCGUGGACGGUCACUUCUCUCUUCGCUGCUACACCGAGGCUGUGGAUGCUUGCUACAAGGCUUUCAACGCCCGUGAGAAGGUACUCAAGGAGAAGGCUCAGAACGGCACCAACGGCGUGUCUGACGAGUCCAAGACCGGCCUGGACCGCUUCGACUACUUCGCCUACCACGCCCCUACCUGCAAGCUGGUCCAGAAGUCUUACGGACGUAUGCUUUACAACGACUUCCUCGCCAACCCCACUCACCCCGCUUUCGCCGAGGUCGCCCCUGAGCUGCGUGACCUGGACUACGAGAAGUCCCUCACCGACAAGAACGUUGAGAAGACCUUCAUGGCUCUGACCAAGAAGCGCUUUGCUGAGCGCGUCAAGCCCGCCAUCGAGGUUGCCACUCUCUGCGGUAACAUGUACACCGGUACCGUCUGGGCCGGUCUGGCCAGUCUGCUGUCCUACGUCAAGUUCGACCCUAGCGAGCCCAAGCGCGUUGGUAUCUUCUCCUACGGCAGUGGUCUCGCUAGUUCUAUGCUCAGCGCCAAGGUUGUCGGUGAUGUCUCGACCAUCGUUGAGAAGCUCGACUUGAUCAACCGUCUCAACAGCCGCGUUGUUCUUCCUCCCCAGUCCUAUGUUGAGAUGUGCGACCUCCGCAAGCACGCGCACUUGAAGAAGAACUUCAAGCCCUCCGGCAACACGGAGACUCUCUUCCCCGGCACUUACUACCUGACUGAGGUGGACGACAUGUUCCGCCGCAAGUACGAGGUCAAGGCCUAAAUGACGACUAGCUGUGCUUCUUUGGACAUGAUCAGUUCUUUAGACGACUUUCUAGAUUCCCUCCAGCAUGCAUGAUGAUUUUGUUUGCCUACCUUAACCCAACCAUUGAGUUCCGUUGAGAAGGAUUCAAGGAUUCGAGGUUGACGGGUUCUCGGUUUGAUUCCCAUGCCAAAUGUUAUGGCGCUUAAUGUUUCUACAUACUGUUUUAUUUGUUGCCUUCGGAUGGAGGCCGAUUUCAGACUCCCCCAGACGGGUGCUGGGAUGCAUUUCAUAUAAGGGCCUUGCUCUUAUCUUAGAUAAUCAAAGAUUUAUUCACUCCGAA